AUGUCUUGUUAUUACUUCACUGCCACUCUCGAUGAGAAGGAAGAGGUUCUGGCUGCCAUGUCUCUUUCUGACAGCUCUCACCUGAGCUUCCAGAAGACCAGCAAUGUUCAACUGAAGUUCAAAGGACUCUAUUGCAUCCUAUGGCUCUCAUUAUGUGUUCUAGCCGAAUUUGGUGGAAAGGUCCUGGCCUCAUCACCAGAGAAAAGAUACAAAGCUGACGUGACUUUUGAUCCGGACACGGCGCAUCCAGCACUUGUUGUGUCUGAAAACCGGAAGAAAGUGAAAUCAGAAGGUGUAGACCAAGACGUGCCUGACAGUCCCGAGAGGUUUAGUAAAAGUCCCUGUUUGCUGGGUUCUCUAGGAUUUACAUCAGGGAAACAUUACUGGGAAGUGAAGUAUGGAAAGCAGAGGGAAUGGGCUUGUGGGGUGGCUAGGAAAUCUGUAGAAAGGAAGAAACCUCUCAGGCUUAUCCCAGAGGAAGGGAUUGUGCAAGAGGGUCUUUGGUGGCUUCGGAGAGUGGAAAGUGAUGCCCCCACACUUCCCAAGGACUCUGGAAAGAUUGGGAUACUUCUGGAUUAUGAAAGGAAUACAGUGAUUUUUUACAUUGGGAAUAAAAUAAUUAAAAAAAGUAUUCCUUUCAAUGGAGAGGAAGUUUUGCCAUUCUGCUAUGUGGGUGGAGGUGUUUCACUCCGUUUGAUUCCCUGA